AUGUUUCUUGACGACACAUCUUCAAAAGCCUUAAAGAAAUAUCUUAGUCACCAUUUGGAACCAAUUUGCGAUGCAGAUCCCAAGGUUUUGGCUGACUAUGUUAUUGCUCUUUUAAAACACGACAAACCUGAUCAGGAUUUAAAACAGCUAUGUAUAGACCAACUUGACGACUUUUUAAGAGGAGAAACCAGACCUUUUGUUGAAAAAUUGUUUGAUGCUUUAGGUUCACAAGAAUAUCUUGGCGAAAGAGUUGCAUUAACUGCGAUUCAAUCACAACAGGAAUCAACUAUAAAUGCAAGCUCAUCAUCGACAAAUAAUUCAAUUGUUGAAGGUAAAUCAACGAAAUCCCAAGAGUUGACAUCAGAAAAGGUUGAUAGUCAACCCUCAAAGAUGGGGGUUCGGAAAAGAGAAGAUAGCGAAGCUUCGGAUGAUGAUGAUGAUAGAAAUUACAAGCACAGAGAGAGAGGCGGCGAGAAUCGAGAUGAUUAUCGUCGGUAUACUGAUCGAUCUGCUAGCUUCUCGAACCGAGAAGACGAUAGAGACUCAAAAAAUAAGAGGUUUCGUAGUAGCGAAGGUAUUCCCACUGGUCCUGCAUCAGGAGGAUCUCAAUAUAAUAAUAAUUUUCAAGAUGAUCGAUCUUUCAAACGGCGUCGUGAUGAACCUGAAGAGGAAUUUCGUUCAAAUAAAAUUCCUCGCAAUAAUUCAUUAGGAACUAGUCAGCCUAUAUCGGGAAGUGGAAAUGGUUACGUUUCUAAUAAUGGAAUGAGUGGAGGAAACGUUCGACGUGCUGAAUUUGAAAGAGAUAAUAGGAUAAACAGGAAUUUUCCUUCUAUAUCAUCCGGUUCUCCGGGUUCAAGCAUAAGUUCUGGUCGGUGGGGAAAUGAAUGGGUUAAUAAUGGAAUGAACUCUCCAGUCAAUGAUCGUUUUGAUGAUAGGAGAAUUCGAGGUGGGAGGUUAAGUGAGCGUGGAGGAGGUAGAAGUGGGCCCAUGGUUGUAAAUCGUGGUUCUGGUUAUUCUGAUGUUAGGCCUGGGAGACGUCAACGUUGUCGUGAUUAUGAUGAAAAAGGUUAUUGCAUGCGUGGUGAUCUUUGCCCCUUUGACCACGGUGUAGAUAGGAUUGUUGUAGAUGACGUUCCAUUGAAUAGACCAUUUGACAUUAUACCUCCAAUGGCUGGUACUCCAUUAACUGGUCCAGUUGGUAUAAUGAGUGCUGGCGUUCCUUCGAGACCACCGUACUUUAUGAGUACUGCUGGUGUUCGAAAUCAAUAUGAUCUUGAUCCGGGAUAUUCCGGUCAAACCUCAAGAUCUAUGACACCAACAGCAGAUGCUUACGAUCCUGAACGUGCUACGUUAUCGCGUCCAGAAGAAUUGAUUUCUGUGAUAGAACCAAAGGAGAAUGAAGCUUCACAAACUUCUCCUGAGGCCGCUGUAACUGAAUCAACUCUAUCGUUAACAGCACCAAGCGUUCCACAAUUUUUAGAUUCAAGUCUCGGUAUUUCUACUACUAGAGGUACUACAUUUAGAGGGCGAGGUCGUUCUCGUGGAAGUCGUGGGGGAUUUAAUGCUAAUAAUAGAUAUGGUAGUAGUGCAAAUAAAAAUGCGACAUUAGUGGUUGAGAAUAUACCGAAAGAAUUCUGUACUCUUGAUAAAGUGAAUGAAUUCUUUAAAAAGUUUGCUUAUAAUUCUCCGGAGCCAAUUUUUGAUUAUCGAUUUGUUAAAGUAUACUGGUAUAAGGAGAAAGAAGAGCCACAAACUUCAACUACCACAAUACCAAAACCAGUUUCCCCUGUAAAACCAGAUCAUACCAUUGCUCAACCAGAAAUUUCACCACCAGCUAAUGCUGCUGAAAAGAAAGAGGCUGAAGAAAAAGCUAAAAAACAAAAAGAAAGUCUUAAGGCAAUGCUUGAGAUUCAAAAACAAAGAGAGCAAUUGAUCAAUAGACAGAUUGAAGAACAAAAGAAAUUGAUGGAACUUGCUAAAAAGAAAAAUGUGAACUCCAAAAAUCGAGAAGAAGUUCUUAAAAGUUUGAGCAAAGUUUCUGAAGAUAUUAAGAAUGAUUCGAAUGUACCUGUUCGAAAAACUUCUUUAAGCGGAGCCAUUCAUCCUAAAAGUUUAUUGGAAGAAAAAGAAAGGGAACAGCUAGAUAGAGAGCUCGAUAUUCUAAGCAAAAUAAAUGAAAAUAGUGCUGCGAAUGAACCGUCAACUUCAGCAGUGUCAUCUGUCGUUAACGCACAGUCCAGUACUGAAACUAAUCUCGAGACGAAUACAUCAGCAGCUAGCUUAAUUAGUUUUACCGAUUCUGCUAUUUAUCGAGGACGUGGGCGGGCUGUCUUUUAUCGCGGUAGAGCUCGUGGAAGUUGGCCUCGAGUCCGUGGUGGAAGUGCUAUGCGUUCCUAUAAACUUGAUAAUCGCACAUCAAAACUUUUAUUAAAAGAGGUCCCGGCAGGGUCUACUGAUAUUCUUCGAAAUUAUUUCCAACAAUUCGGGGAACUUGAAACCUUUACAGUUACCGAAGAAACACGAACAGCAAUUGUACAAUUCAAAAAUAGAAAGGAUGCUGAACAGGCACUUGUGAAAGGUUCCAAUAUUCCUGACGUUGGUCAAGUACAAAUGACAUGGCAUACAGAAACAAGUUCUGCUACUCGUCCUGCAGAAGUGACGACGACGGUGACAACGAGCUCUAAUACUGUCGAUAAUAUUGCAGAAGUAGUUAGUGAUAUAACAGAAUCUCAAAUAGUCGAUACUGAAUCUUCAUCAGUGUCGCAUAACGUUACAGCAGAUUUUCAAGCAGAAGAUGAUGAAGAUGAAGAACGAGAGCGUUCUUGGAAACGAUAA